AUGAGCUCGAUUGUCAGACUGCCGGGCGUUCUGCCAGAGUCUAUUCCUAUCCCAAGCUUCAUUGUGACUGCAUGCACGUUUUUCUGGGUUCAUUUCCACGACCUGAUGGUGAGACUGCCUUUAGGGAACCGCAUGCUGAAUUACAUUGAAAAGUCGUCGCAUGACGAUCCUUACAGAACCAUUAUAGAGGUCAGUUUGAUCCUGUAUGGGAUAUACUACUACUUGUCCAACCCACAGAAGAAGAAGAGUUUGCAAGGUAUUAACCGUAACCUGUCCAAACAGGAAAUCGAUAACUUGAUCGACGAAUGGGAACCAGAAGGAUUGGUUCACAGGGAUGCCAAGGACAACGCAAAACAGGAAUGGAGACUGGCAAAGAUCCCCGUUGUAGUUGACGGCGGUGUUGAUAAUUACGUCUCGGUGACGAGAAACGACGCUCAAGAGAGGUUCGAUAACGUCUUCAAUAUGUCCUCGUAUAAUUUCUUGCAGUUAUCGCAGACGGAAUCCGUGCUUGAAAAGGCAAGACAGACUAUAAAGCAGUAUGGUGUAGGUGCCUGCGGUCCUGCAGGCUUCUACGGUAACCAGGAUGUCCAUUGGAAUCUGGAAUACGAUUUGGCGAAGUUCUUCGGCACGGAGGCGGCAGUCCUCUACGGCCAAGAUUUUACAGUGGCUCCCUCCGUUUUAUCAGCUUUCACUAAACGUGGUGACGUUAUUGUUGCCGAUGACCAGGUCUCUCUUUCCUUGCAAAACGCUCUUCAGUUGAGUAGAUCCACCGUCUACUACUUUGAGCACAACAACAUCGAAUCACUUGAUAAACUACUAACCCAGUUGAACGCACAGGAGGCAAAGGAAAAGUUGCCCGCGAUUCCAAGAAAAUUCAUCGUCACUGAGGGUAUCUUCCAAAACAUAGGGGACAUAGCUCCACUACCGGAGUUGGUCAAGUUGAAAAUGAAGCAUAAGUAUAGACUGUUUGUCGACGAAACUUUGUCUCUUGGUGUGUUGGGUAAAACUGGUAGGGGUCUGUCGGAACACUUUGGCAUGCCUCGUGCCACGUCUAUCGAUGUCACGGUGGGGUCUUUGGCUACAGCAAUCGGGACCUCUGGUGGGUUCACCCUGGGGGAUGCAGUCAUGUCCAAUCACCAACAUAUCGGUUCCAACGCGUACUGUUUUUCUGCUUGUUUACCUGCCUAUGCCGUAUCGUGUGCCUCCAAGAUCCUGCGCAUAAUGGACGAGGACAAUUCCGCUGUUUCUACCGUGCAACAGUUAUCCAAAUCGAUGUUUAACUUUUUCGACGGCGCCCUAAGAGAGAUGAGAAACUAUAUUACCGUGGUGUCGGAUGAUGUCUCUCCAGUGGUACAUUUAGAAUUGACCCCAGAAUUUAGAAGCUCUAGAUUCCACUACACGGCUGAUCAACUAUUCACAUACGUCUCUUCGUCACAGAAGAAACGUCAAACCACCAUUAUCUUUGAACCGUAUGAAGCCGAGGAACAAUUCUUACAGGCUAUUGUGGAUGAGCUCUUGAUGAAACACAACAUCCUUAUUACAAGAAACAUCUUUGUUUUAAAGCAAGAAACGCUGCCACUCGUACCGAGCUUGAAAAUAUGUUGUAAUGCCAACAUGAACGAACAGGAACUGUUGGGCGCCUGUGCCAGUAUCAAGGAAGUUAUACUUGGAUUCUGCUCAAAUAAAUAA